AUCUUUACUGAUGGUAGAAUGUCCAUGUUGGCAAGUUGGAUAGUGAAUAUUUUCUGGGCUUAAUUUUCAUGACAUUGUCUACAGUUGUCUUUGCUUCAGUGCUUCACCUUCUGUUGUAACUUUAGAAAUGAGAUGUGCUAUUCACAUGUGUAUGUAUAACUGCUUUGCUGUCAGACCUUAAGUCCUGUUGGCAAUAGCUCUAUGGCAACCUGCUUAGUAACAAAAAAACAUUAGCCACCAGUAACUACUUUCAGGAGCAGUGAGGCUGUAUUGCUGAAGCCAAACCAAUUUUAAAAACUCAACAUUUAACACUGCAAACAUCUGGUGAGCGCUUUAAAAGAAUGGAUAACCUGUGGUCUGCUUUCCCAUGCUACAGUCACUGCUGGGCAAUGCCAACUGAAGUUAAAUGUACAAAUAGAAGCUUUAUAAUGAAUCCAAGCUUGAUCCGCAGUGGUUCUUUAUUAGCACAUCCUGCCUGUUGUCUAAGACCAUUCUUCCCAGCAAGGUGCUUGUGUCUUGACCAUCGCUCCUGCUUUCCUGAUACAACGUGCAAGGCAAUAAAGAAUUUGGAGGAAUCACUGGACACAGUUGGCAAUCCAGUUCUUGCAAGAAGAGACACUGAUGGGUAUUAUUACCUUGGCACAAUAAUAAAGAAGGUAGAGGAAAGUACCUCCUAGCAUGGUGAGAAAAGAACAUUCCUUGUACAGUUUAAGAAGCCCUUUGCAGCAGAAGACACAACUUGUGUGCAACCAACAGCCAGCAGUGACAUUCUUGAGUAUGUGAAUGGAAUGAGACAUUCCAUAUUGCCAGGUGAUAAAGUGAUGGCACCUUGGGAACCAGAGCAGAAGAGAUAUGGCCCCGGCACAGUCAUUCGAGGAACUGAGCACAGGGAUCUCCUGAGAGCCAAAGAAAAUGAAGACAUUACAGUCAGCUUUUGGAAUGGCAAGAAAGCAAGUGUCCCAGCUGGUGUGGCUUUGUGGAUUCCCCCAACACAGUGGGAAAGGAUUGUGGAGAUGAUUCAUAUGCCUCUCACCAGCAGGAAGAGCGCUGAAGACCAGCUUCAUCAUGUUAGCUGUCACAGCUGUUCAUGUAGGCCAGGAGCAACUUCCAUGCAUGCGUGUACUUUAGGGGGUCUUCUGAAAUGGCAGUGGCCAUAUUGCCCCUGCACCUGUCCUUCCCAUAGUUGUUUUCAUCACAUGUGCUCUCUGCUUGCGCACAGACCGCAUAUCUGCUGCUGCCUUAAACCCAAUGGCUGGUUAGGCCAACCUUCUUCAGCUGAGUUUUCUCUGGGAGGUAUUAAAGAUUAUUUAAGCAAGAAGCUCUCCCCCCAGCAACUAGCACUGGAAGGUUCUUCAAAAGGCCAACCAGCUGUUGCCACAUCCAGCUCUUCUUCAUGCUCCUCAGAUUCUCUAAGCAGUGAAGAGCAGCAUCUGACCAAGACCACAAUGGUAGAUCAUGCAGUUAACACAGAUUCCACCCUUUUUGAUAAGCUCAGACUGAAAGAAAGCAGGAGACCAGAUUGGAAAUACUGGAAGAGAAGUAAUCCCAGCUCUUUUUAUAAUAGUCAAGGAACCAACAUUUGGAGUAGCAGCUGUGGAAAGAAGAGAGCUGAAACCACCACAAUCUCACAUAUGGAUAGGUCUCCAAUUACUUUAAUUAACCAUAGUGCCAUGUUUGAAACUAUCAAACAGUCUCCCCGAAGACUUCUUACUGUGAAAGAAGUCCUGAAUCACGAAGGUAUAAAACCAUUUUCAGGUGGAGGGUAAACAGUAAAUUACCAUUCAGCACCCACAUGUGCUUACCAGCAUGCUUUAAACUCAGGCAACAUUUGUAUCAUAUUGUUGAUUUCUCUUGAAUAUACUAUAAUUUAGUUUCUAAUUAUUAUUAAUGGUGUUAAAAUUUGUCUAUAUAAAUUCAAAGUGGUAUUGUUUACAAGUCCUAGCAAAUGUAUGCUUUUUAUAUAUAUAUAAAACUACAUAAAUCUUAUGGAGGUCG